AUGGCCUCCAAGAAGGCGGGAGCGGCUGCCGUGGCUUGCGCCGGCCUUGCUGGGCUGGGCUUCGUCGCCACACCAGAUUCGGGAAAUCGACGCGUGCCGGCUGCUGAUGCCGCCAAGGCCUCUGCCAAGGUAGCAGCAUCUCCGGAAGCAGGCAGCGCCUUCACUGUGGGCGCGGCGGCAGCCACCGCCGCGGGUGCCGUGGCGGCGUCCACCCGACGCAAGACCCGAGCGAGCAGAGUCGCUGCCCGGGCCGAAGUGGGACCUGGCGAGAAGGUCGUGGGCAUCGACCUGGGCACCACCAACUCCGCAGUGGCGGCCAUGGAGGCCGGCGCCCCCACCAUCAUCCCCAACGCGGAGGGCGCACGGACCACGCCCAGUGUUGUGGCCUAUUCCAAGAGCGGUGAGCUGCUGGUGGGGCAGAUCGCCAAGCGCCAGGCCGUUGUGAACCCAGAGAACACCUUCUACUCCGUGAAGCGCUUCGUCGGCCGCCAGCCCAACGAGGUGGGUGAAGAGCUGAAGGAGGUGUCCUACAAGGUGGAUUUUGAAGGCCAGAAGGUGAAGAUCGACUGCCCGGUCUUGAGCAAGAAGUUCGCGCCGGAGGAGGUCUCUGCGCAGGUGCUGCGCAAGCUCAGCGGCGAUGCCGGCACUUACUUGAGUGCCACCGUCCAGAAGGCCGUCGUGACCGUUCCCGCCUAUUUCAACGAUUCGCAGCGACAGGCCACGAAGGAUGCCGGGAAGAUUGCUGGUCUGGACGUGCUGAGAAUUGUGAACGAGCCCACUGCUGCCUCCUUGGCAUACGGCUUGGAGAAGGCGAACAACGAGACGAUUUUGGUCUUCGAUCUCGGAGGAGGAACCUUCGACGUCUCCGUGCUGGAGGUCGGCGACGGAGUCUGCGAGGUGCUCGCCACCAACGGCGACACCCACCUGGGCGGCGACGACUUCGACAAGGUCAUCGUGGACUGGCUGGCGGAAGACUUCCAGAAGACCGAGGGCAUCGACCUCCUCAAGGACAGGCAGGCACUGCAGCGCCUGACGGAGGCUGCAGAGAAGGCCAAGAUCGAGCUCUCCGGUGUGCAGGAGGCCAAGAUUUCCCUGCCCUUCAUCACGGCCGAUGCCACCGGCCCCAAGCACAUCGAGCAGAGCUUGUCCCGUGCCAAGUUCGAGCAGCUCGCCAGCAAGCUCAUCGCUCGCUGCAGGACUCCAGUGGAGAAUGCCCUGAAGGAUUCCAAGAUGAGUGCCAGUGAGAUCAACGAGAUCGUGCUCGUGGGCGGCUCCACCCGAAUCCCGUCCAUCCAGUCCCUGGCCUCGGAGCUCGUCGGUGGCAAGAAGCCCAACCAGAGCGUGAACCCGGACGAGGUCGUGGCUGUGGGUGCGGCAGUUCAGGCUGGCGUCUUGGCAGGUGAUGUGAAGGACAUCGUCCUGCUGGAUGUGACGCCCCUGUCCCUGGGUGUCGAGACUCUGGGUGGCGUGGCCACGGUGCUGAUUCCUCGAAACACCACCAUUCCCACCAAGAAAACCGAGGUCUUCUCCACCGCCACGGACUCCCAGCCAUCCGUGGAGAUUGUUGUCCUGCAGGGCGAGCGGCAGUUCGCGAAGGACAACAAGAUUCUGGGAACCUUCCGCCUGGAUGGCGUGCCGCCGGCACCCCGAGGCGUGCCCCAGAUCGAGGUGACCUUUGACAUCGACGCCAACGGCAUCCUGAACGUCGGCGCGAAGGACCGCGGCACUGGCAAGGAGCAGACCAUCACCAUCGCUGGAUCCUCCACCCUGGACAAGACGAUGCUGAGGAUGGCCUCCAAGAAGGCGGGAGCGGCUGCCGUGGCUUGCGCGGGCCUUGCCGGGCUGGGGUUCGUCGCCACACCAGAUUCGGGAAAUCGACGCGUGCCGGCUGCUGAUGCCGCCAAGGCCUCUACCAAGGUAGCAGCAUCUCCGGAAGCAGGCAGCGCCUUCACUGUGGGCGCGGCGGCAGCCACCGCCGCGGGUGCCGUGGCGGCGUCCACCCGACGCAAGACCCGAGCGAGCAGAGUCGGCGCCCGGGCCGAAGUGGGACCUGGCGAGAAGGUCGUGGGCAUCGACCUGGGCACCACCAACUCCGCAGUGGCGGCCAUGGAGGCCGGCGCCCCCACCAUCAUCCCCAACGCGGAGGGCGCACGGACCACGCCCAGUGUUGUGGCCUAUUCCAAGAGCGGUGAGCUGCUGGUGGGGCAGAUCGCCAAGCGCCAGGCCGUUGUGAACCCAGAGAACACCUUCUACUCCGUGAAGCGCUUCGUCGGCCGCCAGCCCAACGAGGUGGGUGAAGAGCUGAAGGAGGUGUCCUACAAGGUGGAUUUUGAAGGCCAGAAGGUGAAGAUCGACUGCCCGGUCUUGAGCAAGAAGUUCGCGCCGGAGGAGGUCUCUGCGCAGGUGCUGCGCAAGCUCAGCGGCGAUGCCGGCACUUACUUGAGUGCCACCGUCCAGAAGGCCGUCGUGACCGUUCCCGCCUAUUUCAACGAUUCGCAGCGACAGGCCACGAAGGAUGCAGGGAAGAUUGCUGGUCUGGACGUGCUGAGAAUUGUGAACGAGCCCACUGCUGCCUCCUUGGCAUAUGGCUUGGAGAAGGCGAACAACGAGACGAUUUUGGUCUUCGAUCUCGGAGGAGGAACCUUCGACGUCUCUGUGCUGGAGGUCGGCGACGGAGUCUGCGAGGUGCUCGCCACCAACGGCGACACCCACCUGGGCGGCGACGACUUCGACAAGGUCAUCGUGGACUGGCUGGCGGAAGACUUCCAGAAGACCGAGGGCAUCGAGCUCCUCAAGGACAGGCAGGCACUGCAGCGCCUGACGGAGGCUGCAGAGAAGGCCAAGAUCGAGCUCUCCGGUGUGCAGGAGGCCAAGAUUUCCCUGCCCUUCAUCACGGCCGAUGCCACCGGCCCCAAGCACAUCGAGCAGAGCUUGUCCCGUGCCAAGUUCGAGCAGCUCGCCAGCAAGCUCAUCGCUCGCUGCAGGACUCCAGUGGAGAAUGCCCUGAAGGAUUCCAAGAUCAGUGCCAGUGAGAUCAACGAGAUCGUGCUCGUGGGCGGCUCCACCCGAAUCCCGUCCAUCCAGUCCCUGGCCUCGGAGCUCGUCGGUGGCAAGAAGCCCAACCAGAGCGUGAACCCGGACGAGGUCGUGGCUGUGGGUGCGGCAGUUCAGGCUGGCGUCUUGGCAGGUGAUGUGAAGGACAUCGUCCUGCUGGAUGUGACGCCCCUGUCCCUGGGUGUCGAGACUCUGGGUGGCGUGGCCACGGUGCUGAUUCCUCGAAACACCACCAUUCCCACCAAGAAAACCGAGGUCUUCUCCACAGCCACGGACUCCCAGCCAUCCGUGGAGAUUGUUGUGCUGCAGGGCGAGCGGCAGUUCGCGAAGGACAACAAGAUUCUGGGAACCUUCCGCCUGGAUGGCGUCCCGCCGGCACCCCGAGGCGUGCCACAGAUCGAGGUGACCUUUGACAUCGACGCCAACGGCAUCCUGAACGUCGGCGCGAAGGACCGCGGCACUGGCAAGGAGCAGACCAUCACCAUCGCUGGAUCCUCCACCCUGGACAAGACGGACGUCGACAAGAUGGUGCAGGAUGCAGAAGCCAACGCUGCGGAGGAUAACAAGCGCAAGGACGCCGUGGAGACCAAGAACAACGCAGAGAGCCUGGUGUACCAGACCGAAAAGCAGCUGUCCGACCUGGGUGACAAGGUGCCUGCAGAUUUGAAGGCCAGCAUCGACCCCAAGCUGCAGGCCCUGAAGGACAAGGUCGCAGAGGCCGAGCCAGACACCGAGCUCCUGAAGACCAUGACCAAGGACCUCCAGGAGGAGCUGAUGAAGGUCGGCCAGGCGGCCUACGCCAACACGGGCGCUGCAGCGCCCGAGGGCGCUCCCGAGGGAGCGGCCGGCGAUGCCGGGGCGCCCCCGCCCGGCGAUGCCAAGGGCAAGGACGACGUCAUCGACGUGGAUGGCCAGUGA